CGCCUGCACACCCCCCCCCCCCCAUCGCAUCCCGUUCCGGGAUCUCCCGGCUGCUGUCCGGUCUGUCUGUCUGUCCGUCCGUCUGCCCUGGCUUGUGACCCAGAGCUGCUGGUGUGGAUGGACGCGCCCAGGCUGCCCCGGUGUCCAGGGGUCUUGCUUCCGAAGUUGGUCCUACUGGUGGUCUACGCAGAUGACUGUCUUGCUCAGUGCGGCAAAGAGUGCAGAUCAUACUGCUGUGAUGGAACCACGCCCUACUGUUGUUCGUACUACGCCUACAUUGGGAAUAUUCUCUCGGGCACUGCAAUUGCUGGCAUUGUGUUCGGGAUCGUGUUUAUCAUGGGAGUCAUUGCGGGCAUCGCCAUCUGCAUCUGCAUGUGCAUGAAGAACAACCGAGGGACCCGAGUGGGCGUCAUCCGGACCGCUCACAUCAAUGCCAUCUCCUCCUACCCUGUGGCACCGCCCCCCUACAAUCAGGACCAUGAGAUGGAAUACUGUGCAGACUUGCCUCCUCCGUACUCCCCGACACCCCAGCGUUCUCCACCCCCUCCUUACCCUGGAAAUUCAAGGAAAUAACCCUUCUCUCAGAACAGAGGAAAUGCCAAUCAGUGAUCUUGCACAGAAUGAAUGCUUCUAGAAAUGCAGAAACAAGCAGGAAAGAACUGUUCUGAGGAACACUGUUGGUGCCAGAUAAUAGUUGGGUGGACCAUUCAUGAGAAGGGAUGAAGGAUUGCUACCUUGCUCAGAGAUAACCCCAUGUGGAGUAGUAUGGAACUGCAUUUUAAGAGGUCAACUGAUCCACUGAAGCACACUCAGAAAAAAAGUAGAGAUUAACAGACAUCUGAUAGUCAUGACAAGCACUAGGUGAAGGAAGUUUUAGUAUUGAUCCUAAAAAUGAGAAGACUGAAGUCAUGUUGGAUGAGAGAAAAAUAGCCUGAUGUACAGAGAAACAAUUUCAUUUUAUGCAGUUUUAAUAGUAGAGUUUUUUCAUUCUUUCAUUCAUCAGUAAAAGUACACUGAGUGCCUGGGAGCCUACUAUGUUCCCAGCACUGUUUGAGGCACUGGGUGGAAAUGACCAGAAAGGAACUUUGGUUUUGGUAUAGGCAUACCUCAUUUUAAUGCACUUUACUGUAUCAUGCUUUGCAGAUCCUCUGUGUUUUACAAACUGAAAGUCUGUGGCAAUCCUGCAUCAAGCAGUGCCACUUUUCCAUCAGCAUAUGCUCAGUUCACCUUGCUAUUGUACAUUUUGGAAUUAUCACAAUACUUCAAACUUUUUCACUAGUAUUACAUCCAUUACAGUGGUCUAUCACCAGGAACCUUUGAUGUUACUAUAAUUGGGUACCACAAACCACACCCACGUAAAACUAGUCCCUUAAUAGAUGGAUAAAUAUUGUGUGUAUUCUAACUGGUUCACCAUCUAUUUCCCUCUGAUUGGGCCUACGCAUUACCUGAGAUACAGCGGUAUUGAAAUUAAGCCAAGUAAUCAAGUGUCUAAGUAAAAGAAGAAGUCACAGAUCUGUCACACACGGCCAGAAAUGAUUAAGCCUGGUGAAGAAAGCACAUACAAUGCUGAGAUGAGCUAAAAGGUAGGCCUUGUGAACCAAACAACCAAGCCAUAAAUACAAAGGGAAAGUUCCUUCUUGAAGGAAAUAGAUAUUACUCCAGUGACCAUCUGGACAGUAAAAACGAAAAAUAGCUUUAUUGGUGAUAUGGAAAAACUUUUAGUGAUCUGGAACCAGUCAUAUUUCCUUAAGCCAAAGCCUUAUCCCAAGCAAAGCUCUAGCUUUCUUCAGUUCAAUGAAGACCAAGCAAGGAGCAAAAGCUACAGAAGAAAAGUAGGAAACUAGCAGAGGUUAGUUCAUGGGGAUCAGGACAAAAACCCUUUUAAUAAACACAAAAAUGUAAGUGAAGCUGCAACAGCUGAUGUAGAAGUUGCAGCAAGUUACACAGAAGAUCAUAAAAUGAUUACACUGAACAACAGAUUUUCAGUGUAGGUGAAAACACUUUAUACUAGAAGAAAUGCCAUCCAAGACUUCCCUAGGGAGUCAACGUCUGGUUUCAAAGCUUCAAAGGAAAAGCUGAUCAUGUUGUUGGGUUAUCAGAGGUAGUGACUAAGUUGAAGUCAGUUCUUAUUUACCAUUCGGCAAAUCCUGAAGUCCUUAGGAAUUAUACUACCUGCGCUCUUUGUGCACUAACAAUGGAACAGAAAGUCUGUUUACUACAUGGUUUAUUGAGUAAUUUAAGCUCACUGUUGAAACCUACCACUCAGGAAAAUGUAUGCCUAUCAAAACUUCCUGCUCAUUGGCAACAUACAUGGUUAGGCAAGAGAUUUGAUGGAGAUGUACAAAAAGAUUAAAGGUGUCAUAUCUGCUAAUACAGAAUCCUUCCUGUGUCUCAUGGAUCGGGGAGUAAUUUCUACUUUUAGGUCUCAUGUAAUGAAUACUUUUCAUAAGACUCUAGCUGCCAUGGAAAAUAAUGGUUCUAUUGGAGCAGAGCAGAGUAAACUGAAAACUUUCUGGAAAGGAGUCAUCAUUGUAGAUGACAUUAAGAUGAUCAUGAACCAAGGAAAGAGGUCAAAAUAUCACCAUCCAUAAGUUUGGAAGAAGUUGAUUGCAACUCUCGGGCGAUUUGACAAUUGAAGACUAUGGAAAGUAACUGCAGAUGUGGCGUAAAUAGCAAGAGAACUAGAAUUCGGAGUGGAACGUGAAGACGUGACUGCAUGGCUACAGUGUCACGAUAAAACAUCCACAGAUGAGGAGCUGCUUCUUACAGAGGAGCAAAGUGGUUUCUUGGGGUGGAACCUACUUGUGGUGAGGAUACUGUGAAGAUUGAAGUGACAGCCAAGGCUUUAGAAUAUUAUAAAGAUGAAAACUAGGGACAGUUUGAAAGACCUUACUCCAAUUUUGAAAAGUUUUUUUUUUAACCAUGAAUAGAUUGCUAUCAGCAUUAUAUACUACAGAGAAAUGUUUCAUGAAAGUCCAGCUAUGCAGCAAAUUUACUGUCUUAUUUUAAGAAAUUGCCACCACCUCCUCAAUCCUCAGCAGCCACCGCCCUGAUCAAUCACGUAUCACUAUUGAAUUAAAUUCUUCUACCAGCAAAAGAAUUAUGACCUUCUGAAGAUCCAGACAGUUGUUAGCACAUUUUAGCAAUAAAGUAUUUUUAAUUAAGAUAUACACAUUGGGUUUUCUAGACAUAACAGUAUUGUCCACUUUAUAAUACAGUGUAAAUAUAACUUUAAUAUGCACUAGGAAACCAAAAAAUUGUAUGACUCACUUUAUUGUAAUAUUUGCUUUUUGUGGUUGUCUGGAUCUGAAUUUGUAAUACCUCCAAGGUAUGAAAAAGAGCAGCUGGUGCUUUCUUAUUGGCUAGAUUGCUUCGUGAAGCUCCUGCUUACCAAGACUUCAAACAGAACCUUGGUAUUUCCCAAAGAAAUUCUGCAGAAGAACUGUAGAAAAGGAAUGGUAAAUGAGUUCAUUGGGCCUGAAAAAUUCUCCUCACAUUUUUGGAUAGCUGUACAUUUCUGUGUCACUGGAAGUAAAACCAACAGUUGAAUACUGUUUAUUAAAUUUGAGAGUUAAAUGAGAGUCAGUUGCUAGAAACCAAGAGCUCUUCAAAGCUGAUUACUACUGUCUAAAAAGCAUCUGGCAUUAGCCACUGGGUUAUCCUGAACGUUAAUCCAGCUAUAGGGGGAGCUUGAAAGAAGUUCUACAGGCAACAAAUAAUUCACUUCCAGAGUAAGAUAAGAACCCAAAUAUUCUCAAGGAUUUUAUAUCAGGGAACAAAAUCUCAGAACUUGGUCAUAAAAACUACGCAACAGAUUUACAAAAAGAAAAGGGAAAAAUGAAAUUGGAUUGUGUCCACUUGUAACUGAGCCAAACUUUUGUCCUAGCUUUGUAAAAUUUUGGUAAUCUGUUUUACAGUUGAUGGGAAAAGGUAAGAUUUUGUCAUCUUGCUUUCUACCAAAUGCAAAUGUUAUGAAGUGCCUACCUAUAGAUAUAAAAGCAUUUAAUAAAUAAUUCAAAUGUGCCGUACUUUAACAGAUUUUUGUAUAUUUAAAAAUUUUAUACUGAAUGUUGGAUAUAGAUGAUCAGGCUUUUUGCCACUGUACAAUUUAAUCUAAAAUGUUUAACCUAAUAUCAUAAUUUAAUGAAAUCCCAAAAAUAUAAGAAUUUUGCUGAAUAAAUAAAUCAAAGGAAUAUCUCAAAGUAUAAGUUAUAGUAUCUGUACUUAUUAUAGUUAGGAAACUUAAGUAUGUAAGUAUUUCCUUUUGCUUUUAAAUGCCUGCACAAAAAAUACAUCAGUCUGACUGAAUAUAGUCUAACUGUGAGUGGGGCCUAAAGGCUGGAUUUAUUUUGGAUGACUCAGUUGAGUUUUAGGCACUGACAGCUUUCUUGCUCAUGAAGGUGCAAAGCAUUCAAAAGUUGCAGCGUGUUCUAGUAAGAGGCUCCCUAACUCACAUGAAAUAUUUAGCAUAUGGUUAAGAGUACAUCUGCUUUUAUUUAUUUCUUUUCUGCAAGUGUGAUCAGAUCCAGUUUCACUGCAACUAGAGUGCCAAUCUCUAUAAUUUUGAGAAUGUGAGCUGAAAAUACUCCAUGUAUUCCUUUUUUAAAAAUGGAGACGAAAGACCAUCAGAAAGUUGAAUUCUCAUCUUCUUCACCUUCAAUAAAUACUUAUUGUGAACCUUUUAUAUUCUGUAAAUAUUACCCACAUAGGAGCAAUUUCGGUCCACACUAUGUCUCUUAUUUGAGUUGUUUACAGCCUCUCUUAAUGCAUACUCCAAACCAAUAUACCUGUAAUAAAUGAGUAUUUUUACUAUUUGUAUUUAGUGUCACAAAAGCAUAAAUAUGCACAUUUCAAACUUUUGAAGUUCACUGAUUAUUUUCAAAAAUGCGUUUGCGGGAAAUAAUAUAUUAUGUGAAAGCUUUGAAUUAUUUAUAAACUAACAUUUUUUCUAUGGCUAACAUGUUUAUAAUAAGCAAUAAAAUGAAAGAGAGCAUUACAA